UCACACCAACAUCACACUAUCAGUCUGAGCCUCGUCCUCUGGACAUUUAUUUUCCCUGAAUACCGCAAACAGCCUUUUCAUCAGCACUUUUAAAAAUGGGCAUCUUCUUCUCUAACCUUUUCGCACGUCUCUUGAAGAAGAAAGAGAUGAGGUUGCUUAUGGUUGGUCUGGAUGCAGCAGGGAAAACCACAAUCCUCUACAAACUCAAACUUGGUGAAGUUGUCUCCUCUAUUCCAACUAUUGGCUUUAAUGUUGAGACAGUUGAAUAUAAAAACAUCUCCUUCACGGUGUGGGAUGUCGGCGGUCAGAGUGUCAUCAGAGGUCUCUGGAGACAUUACUAUCAGAACACCGAGGGUCUGAUCUUUGUGGUGGACAGCAGUGAUCCUGAGAGGAUUGAAACGGCAGCAGAGGAACUAAAACUGAUGAUGGAGGAGGAUGAGAUGAGAGACGUGGUUCUGUUAGUUCUUGCUAACAAGCAGGAUUUACCCAAAGCCAUGACAGUCUCUGAGCUGACAGACAGACUGGGUUUACACACACUGAGAGGAAGACAGUGGUUCGUUCAGCCCACAUGUGCGGUUCAAGGAUCAGGUUUAUAUGAAGGACUGGAUUGGCUCUCGGAUCAACUGUCCAAACGUGAAAACGAUAAAUCGUAACUGAAUGUGUAUAUUAUGUCUCUUUUUUUUUUUUUUUUUUUUUUUUUGAGAAAUUAAUGGAAUAUCUAGUUCACUAAAUUCGGUAGGCUAUAGUUAAUUUAACUUAAAAUCAUUUGGCCUAAUUUUGGUUCUAAUGAUCAUGGACUUGCCUACCUUCAAUAUGUGCCUUUCAAAUACAGAAUGUAUAUGACUGAAUUCAUAAAUGAUGCACUACUGCUGUACUAUGUAUGCACUAUUAUUUUGUUCUAUUACUAUUUCUGCUGUAUUUCGUGUACUGUUACUGUAAUGUGUUAUGAGUCAUGUUUGAAUUGUUUUAGUGUGUGUUCUGGAUGAGCUGAUGUCAUGAAGUAUUGAUCUGUGCCUUUAAAAUAUCUAGAAUA